CUAUAAGAAGAUAAAUCACCGACGAACAGACAGUUUGCGGUUGAAACGCCGAAGAGACUGGUGUAAAGGCCCGAACUCGUUUUCAACGGAUCGUCCCGUGUAUUCGACUUCAUUAACGAGCAAUUCUACGAGGAUAACAUGUCGAUCACGCUCAAAAGCGUUCUCAUAAGCGAUCCUGUGGACGCCCGUUGUGGCGAGAUGCUUGUCCGCCAUGGUAUUCCUGUCACCACCAAAUACAAACUAUCAAAAGAGGAACUGAUAAAAGAGCUUCAGAACCACGAGGGGCUAAUUGUCCGGUCGGAAACGAAGGUGACUAGCGACGUGUUCGUCUGUUGUCCGAACCUUCGCCUUGUUGGUCGUGCUGGCACUGGUGUCGAUAAUAUCGAUCUAGAAUCUGCCACGCGAAAGGGAGUCAUCGUAUUGAAUGCUCCUGGCGGGAAUAGCAUCAGUGCUUGCGAAUUGACAUGUGCACUAAUCUCCUCUCUGGCACGCAACGUUGCACAGGCUGUACAGUCAUUGAAAGAAGGACGAUGGGACAGAAAAUUGUACUCUGGUUUCGAGCUGUCCGGGAAAACGCUCGCGGUACUCGGAAUGGGCCGCAUUGGUCGCGAAGUAACUCGAAGAAUGCAAGCAUUUGGAAUGCGAGUGGUCGCCUAUGAUCCCCUACUUACACUCGAAGCUGCAAACCACCUCGGCGUUGAGAAACUCUGUUUGGACGAAAUAUGGCCAAUAGCUGAUUACAUCACCGUGCACACACCGCUCAUUCCUCAAACGAGAAAUCUGAUCAAUGCUACGACGUUGGCAAAAUGUAAGAAGGGAGUUCGCAUUGUGAACGUAGCUCGCGGUGGCAUCGUAGACGAAGAAGCAUUGCUGAAUGCGUUGAAGUCGAACCAUUGUGCUGGCGCUGCUUUAGACGUGUUCAUUGAAGAACCGCCGAAGAACUCCGUUAGCCUGGAAUUAAUCGCGCAUCCCAAGGUUAUCGCUACUCCGCAUCUAGGAGCAAGUACCGAGGAAGCUCAGCAGCGGGUUGCAGAAGAGAUAGCCGAACAAUUUUUGGCAUUAACCGGCAAAUCAACGGAAUAUACAGUUACCGGAAUUGUAAAUGCCCCAAUGUUGAGCGCUGCCAUGUCAGACGAGAACGCAUCAUGGAUUGAAUUGUCGAAAAAACUUGGCCAACUAGUUGGUCGAUUUUUGAAGGGAAAGUUGAACGUAACCGUGCACAGUCAAACUAUUGGCAACGCGAGAAUGCGAGAAAAAGCAUUCGUUCAUACAGCUGUUCUACUUGGAAUUUUAUCUCGACAAACGAAAAACGGUUUAAAUUUAAUCAAUGCACCUACAUUAGCCCGAGAGAUAGGUAUCAACGUCAAAGGAAACCACGAAAUGUCAACCAACGACGAAGCGAUUGUCGUCCAGGUUGAAGGUCAUCGGAUUAAAGGAACCGUCCGUAACAAUGAACCAUUAUUACUUUCGCUCGAUGACGCAGUGUUUGCCAAUGGAAUUGCUCUAGGAAAUUACGUCUCUUUGUAUCAAACAAAUGACAUACAAGAUCUGACGCAAAUUGUGAACACUUUUUCUACGAAAGGUAUCAAUGUUUGCAAUUUAAACGCCAACGGAAACUGGAUGAUUAUUCAAACUGAUCAAGAAAUUUCCGUAUGUGUCGAUGGUAUUAAAUCAUUUUGAAGUCGUUCAAAUCGACAAUUGUUUAUUAGAUUCGUAACUUCGAAUCGCAUACUUCCUUCCCACUCCCCACGUAGAAAAAUGCAGUAUUUCAGAAUUCCGACAUGAUUCAAUUCCAUGGAAAUUGAGUAAAACAAGUUACUUGUAAAAUAUAUCGGCAUUGAUAUGCCGGUAACCUGUCAUUUGUCUGUUCGUAUACUUAUUAUUUAUUACUCAAAUCAGUGGAUCGUGUCUUGAUUGAAUAUACUUGUAUUAUGAUCGCAUGUAAUUAAACGUCUUCAUAAAUCUCACAUACGUAAUUACUCAUGUAUUGUAAAC